AUGGCUCUAUCCAACCUUUCCGUUGACUUCACCAACCGUGAAGUGUUCUUUGACCUGAGAGACAAUGAUUCAGUUUCUUCCUUAGGGUCCACAUCUUCCUUUGAUGAAGAUGACAGCGACGACGAGAGCCUUAGUAGUCAUAAGAUGCGAGAUGAUAGGGAGCGCGCCGCAUGUUCUUUCUACCAGCGAAAACAGAGAUCAAGUCGAAAGAACCUCCGCAACAUGUCUAGUAGCAAACUGCAUCGUCGUCACCUCACAUCUCCUGAUCUCAAGAUCGACCAGUUCAACAGCAAGAGCAACGAACCAGGAGCAGCCAACUCCAGAUGGAUAUCUGAAACUACAACAAGCUUCACGAAUUUGACCGUCACUCCGCCAGGCUCCAAGACCAACAUGCGGAAGUCACGCAGUCUGGAAGACAAAGGGGUCAACGCCAACGAUAGAUGGACAUCAAAGACCUGCAAAAAGUCCAGACCGAAGAUUACUAACGAGGUUUUGGAUAUCAGCGGUAAUACCCGAGCUUCGGCUGAUUCCAGCAAAGACUCCUCUGGAAGCAACAGAUGGUCAGCAACGUUGCCCCCAACUAACCCGCUCUUUCGUUCCGCGACAGUGGACCACGCUCCACGUACUCCAAGGAGUUCACUAUCUGAUCUCAAGAACAUCCGCCGCUGUGCCGCUGAAGAGCCUCCCGCUUCGCACAAUGCUCGAUGGGGUGCAAUCCCAUCAGCCCCACCCCGCGCCUCGUACCCCUCAAUACUGCCCUCGCCUCCGAGACACCCACCGGCCCAAAGCCGCAGACGCACGUCUCGAGAUUCUGCUCCUGAUCUUCUUCGAUGUCGGUCGCACAAGGUUGUGAGUCCUGAUGACGGAGGCCACGAGAAGAACGCAACGUGGGCCUCUGGUGGACCGAGGUCGCCGCUCUCUUCGUCUACAGACCUCUCUCAAACAAGCAGCACCAGGAGGCCCCCCCUUCCCGUGCGAGGAGCCCUCAGUCGAUGGAACUCAUCCUCAAGCUUCACUGUGAACAGCAUGAGCGCCGCUUCGAUUGAUCAGCUGUCUACCAAGCCAAAGCUUCCCAAACGUCGACCUCGUCGCCGUUCGACGAAGAAGAGCAGGACGCCUUCCGUUGAGCAAUUGGGCACACCUCAAGGUCAAGUCACCGAGCGUACACGCGAGAAUGAAAGGAGCGAGAAGACUGCCCAAGACAACGAGCAAGUGCGAGAGACAAGGCCAGAAGAGCCGGUAUUCGUUGAAGGUGCCACGUUGACGGCAGGCACAGGUACACAGGAAGCAACCGAACUUCAGGAAAGAACAAAUGAAGAAGAAACGAAGAUGGAUGCCAGCGUCGAAGGUGCCCCGAAGGUUGGUGGUGUUCUCCUUCAAGACGACACCUCGGGAAUGGAGGAUGAUUCUUCAAAUAAGUUUCAUCUCCGGUAUUCCAUGCCUCCAUGCAUGGAAUGCUUUGAAACCAUUCCUGAAGAAGCUAACGAAGAUGAGGUCAAACCACCGCCUCUCACGAAUCUUCAGCAUCAGUGCUCUGACAGCUUGCUCCGGGCUCCAAAACGGCGCAAGAGUGCCAGCUCGGCUGCGUGUCUAGAGGAUGAGUCCGAGCUAUCGAUUUCGCUGAAGGACACAUCGUCGCUUUCGGUCUCUGUAUCGAAGGAGACCUCCUCCUCCUCGUUUCUCUGGGAUCUCAGUCUCUCCA